AUGAGUUAUGGAUUUGUUACUUGUGGGCCGAACGAGGCUCUUGUAGUGUCAGGCUGCUGCUACAGCAAGCCUCUAUUAGUACCUGGUGGCCGAGUAUUUGUGUGGCCAAUGGUCCAACAAGUGCAAAAGAUUAAAGCGCUAAAUUAUACUUUACAAGUGGAAAGUCCAACUGUAUAUACAUGUCAAGGUGUACCAAUUUCUGUAACAGGAAUUGCACAGGUCAAGAUACAAGGGCAAAAUGAGGAAAUGUUAUCUACAGCAUGUGAACAGUUUCUUGGAAAAACUGAAGAAGAAAUUCAUAAUAUUGCACUUGUAACAUUGGAAGGACAUCAAAGAGCUAUAAUGGGAAGCAUGACAGUAGAGGAGAUAUACAAGGACCGUAAAAAAUUCAGCAAAGAAGUUUUCGAAGUAGCAAGCAGUGAUCUAGUGAAUAUGGGCAUUACUGUUGUGUCCUAUACUUUAAAAGAUAUUCGAGAUGAAGAAGGGGCAAAGGGGUAUCUAAAAGCUCUUGGAAUGGCACGAACUGCUGAAGUGAAGCGUGACGCAAGAAUUGGAGAGGCAGAAGCUCGUAGAGAUGCUCAGAUUCGUGAAGCUAUUGCUGAGGAACAAAGAAUGGCUGCCCGUUUCCUUAACGAUACCGAUAUUGCUAAAGCACAGCGAGAUUUCGAACUAAAAAAAGCCGCUUAUGAUAUGGAAGUGCAAACUAAAAAAGCAGAAGCGGAAAUGGCAUUUGAAUUACAAGCUGCAAAAACUAAACAAAGAAUUAUGGAAGAACAAAUGCAAAUAAAAGUAGUUGAACGCGGACAAGAAAUCGCGGUACAAGAGCAAGAGAUGUUAAGACGUGAAAGAGAAUUAGAUGCAACUGUACGACGUCCAGCUGAUGCAGAAAAAUAUAGAUUAGAAAAGAUAGCUGAAGCUAAUAAAAUGCGUUUAGUAAUGGAAGCUGAGGCAGAAGCUGAAGCCAUCAAAAUUCGCGGUGAAGCAGAAGCCUUUGCUAUUGAAGCAAAGGCUAAAGCAGAAGCGGAACAAAUGGCAAAGAAAGCUUCGGCAUGGCAUGAAUACAAGAGUGCCGCUAUGAUAGAUAUGAUGCUUGACACUCUUCCUAAAGUUGCAGCUGAAGUUGCAGCACCUUUAUCUCAAGCAAAGAAAAUAACAAUGGUUUCGAGUGGAAAUGGAACUGUUGGAGCAGAGAAACUAACUGAAGAAGUUUUUAGUAUCGUAACACGUGUGCCAGAAUUGGUUAAAAAUUUAACAGGCGUGGAUAUUGCAAAGUCCGUUCAUGCUGCUUAAACAAAUGGUACAAGAGUUUUAAAUACUUCCUGACCACAUUCAUACUCGUACUAAGUAUUUAAC